CCGAGCAAGAGAAGGAAAGAGAGAGAGAACUCUCAGGGGUGGAAGCAGAAAAGGCUACGACUCCGCCAGCCAUGGACAGUAGGGCUAGCCGCCUGCCGAUCGCGCCAGCAGUAGCGCGAGGAUGCGAAGGACUUUGGAGCCUUAAGGAAAGAGUGUUGGGAUGGUUUGACCCAGAAGGAACUAUGAAAACCAGGAAGGGACAGAAAACCGACAAGGAAAGUUCAGAUAACAGUGUGGCAGACGAGACCAGCAGCUCUGAGGGCGGUCUUAAGAAGAUAGUGUCGUCCCUCGCGCGAGCACUAAACAAAAAUCAAGGCUAUCUAACAGACGCCAAGAAAAAACUGACUUUCGAUGGAACAAACAUCACGGAGUUUCUGAUCGACUACGAGAACCUAGCAGCGUUACUAAAGUGGACCGAGGAGGAAAAGAUGGACCAUCUAGGACAGCAUGAGUCAUUAAGCCUAAGACGGGACAUAAUGGUCAUUGUAGCCGCAAGCCGGUCUUGGAAGGAGACCCGGGAUGUGAUGAUGAGGAAGUACCUAGCGGCUGAGAAAAUGGCAACGGAGGCCGACCUAGCGGCAAUUAAGAGGAAGAACUUCGCAACGUACAAUGAUUUCCUAUGGGAAUUUACUCUGGUAGCACUAAGGAUCCCCGGGGUCACGGACCGGAUAAUGAGCAAAUAUUUCCUCAGGCAGUUCUCCGAGUUCGACAAAGACAAGAUCCUGUCAGCUUACCAACAGACGAGCAAGUUCGUAAACACGCGGGAUGUUGAUUUUAGCACGGUAACGGAUCUGGCUGAGAAAACGGUAGUAACGGAGACGUUGGUCUUGCUCAAGGAAGGAGAGAUCAUAGAUCUGACCGAAGCCGAGCGGGUGGGCGAGAUCAUUUGGGAUCAGUUCCGGGGGCGCGGGCCGCAGGCCAACUUUAUUUUGGAAAGCGACGGACGUGAUAGGGUGAACGCAACCACUCGACUGGGAACGACCGAGAGAAGGAUUAACUGCGACACCAUUAUGGAGGAGGUCGCCGGAAGCUCCGAACCCCAGGCGGAGCCUGAGGCCGAGAAACCAGAGAAAGUCUAUGGGAAGCCUAGGGAAGAGGAGCCUGCGAACAAUGUUACCGCCACUAAGAAGAAGUUUAGGUAUCAAAUCCCGAUCUUAACCUUGCCUGAGCUCGACGAUACCAUUAACAAGUUACUAGGAACCAUGGUGUCGGUGUCUUUUCAGACCAUGCUGCAGACUAGCCCUAGGUUGCUCAAAGGGCUCAGACAACUGUUGACGCGGAGGCGAGUAGAAAUAGGCGACAACCCCAAAUUACCAGAGGGGGAGAGGGAGGAGGAAGCUCCGCAAGAAGUGGCCAACCUUCAGAGGAGUCACGGGGAUUUGGAGGAUCUCGAAAAGGCCUUUGCAGACAUUCGUUUGAGCUUGCCCGACCGAGAAGGCGGCGAAGUCAUGAGAUCGCCACCCGGGACGAAGCUUAGCUUUCAUGCGCUACCCGUAGGGAAACUGAAAAUCCAGACCGGGAGUCAUCAUACCGACGCAUUAGUAGACGGGGGAGCAGAAAUCACUCUCAUAAGGAGAGAUUUCGCAACGAUGACGGGAUGUACGGUAAACAAGGAAGUAACGGGGAGCAUCCGGGGAGCUGGGAGAGAAAUCUCGUUCGCUGGGAAGCCGGAUCCGGCAAAGACCGACAAGAUAUCACAGUGGCCGACACCACUGCGCACGACGACGGAGGUAAGGGCAUUCCUAGGCGUAGUCGGCUUUUGGAGGAUCUUCAUUAAGAACUUUGCCAAGAUUGUUGAGCCUAUCCAGGCUAUGAUCAAGGAAGAAGGAACCAUGGAUUAGACGGAGGAGCGAGAAGGAGCUGUCCAAAGGCUCAAGGACAUAUU